AUGCCUGGUGUUGAGAAUCCUGAGCUGAAUCCAUGGUCUCUCUUUGAAGUACUGGGACAGAGGAGCAUUCUGGGAGUUGUAGUUCUGAUCACAUGGUUGGUGCUAUUCCACCUUCUGGUUAACGUAUGGCUACUGUGCAUCUUUACCAGCCUUUUGGUAGUGCUGGGUGGAUGGCUGGGAUCUCGUGUUGCUUUGGAUGCCGACAGCCUCAUUCACUUGGAGCAUUUUCUCCCCCUGAUAGGUUAUUCUCCUCAGGCUCACACUUCCACAGAGAGCGAGCGAAAACUGGACUGGGAGAUUCAAAGUAUCAUCGAUAAGGCUGUUAGGGACUUUGUGUCAUCCUGGUACAGUAGUUUUGUAUCAAUAGGAGCGGAUGAGUUUGAAUGGGAGGUGAGGAAUGCUAUGCUGGAAGCAGCUGGUGAAUUAAAGAGGAGGGCAAAGCUGGUGGACAGAAGGGAACUGGCUCACAGGGUUCUUGAGCUUUGUGGUUGCCAUCUGCAGAGCUUCGGUCAUGCCAAGCAGCUCCAGCUGCAUGAAUCUCACCAAAAAGAUAGGGAAGGAAAUAGCUCCACAUUGUGGAGUUUGUACAGUAAAGUUGACCUGCCUCACCCUGCACUGGCCAGUCAAGCUACCCAGUUAUCCUACUCUAGAGCACUGGUAGAUCUCCUCAUGCAUGUCCUCAUUCCACAGUCUCACCUGGAAACACGAACAGGCCGGUACAUUGUGAGAGAGCUCAUUACAUGUAAUGUUCUUCUGCCCCUAGUGACAAGAAUAUCCAAUCCAGAUUGGUUAAACCAGAUGAUUGUGGACAUGUUCACCAAGUCCACUGACAAAGAAGAAACACUCUGUGUAAGCCCACAGCAAUUGCCUCCAGCACACCUGGAGGAAUCCUAUAGCAGCUUUUGGAAACGUGACCCCCCGAUUGCUUUUGACUGUCCAGAAACCUCCAGCAUGCAGACAGCUUGGUCUGUAUCUACAGCUCCCCUCCAUGAUUCUUCUGAAUCAAGUUUUUACAGUCAAUGGUCAUCCAGUGAAAAUGUGCAAAGAGGGAAAAGCCCAGAAUUGCUUUUUCCAAAGAGAAUGAUCCAAAAUACAGCCAAGGUACUUCAAUCUCCAUACCGCACCAGCCGUCUUUACGGACACACUGACUGUGAUUUGGAAUCCCCCUCUUCUGAAGGCAGAAAGUCGUCUAUUGAGUCUCUAAAACAAACUGAAUCAGAAGAGGAUUCGACAGAGAAUUUCUGUGACUGCAUAUGUCCUUCAGAUCUUUGUGGCUUGGUUGGUUUGGAGGAGGACACGUUGUGCCGUUUAGGAAAGUGUUUUAAGCGAAACAUCAUUUCAGAGCCCCCUUUGUGGCCUGAGAGAAUUGUGGAAGAGUCAGCAGUUGGACCCCUAAAUAACUUGGACUCAUUCGGUACAGAAAGCCUAGGAAGUGUAGAUGGACCAGUAACGAUUCAAAACUUGCAAAUUAGUGGGACUAUCAAAGCCAAAGCGCAAAAAAGCAGCGGCACUUAUGCUUAUACUCUAUACACUGUAAAGUAUAAAGCUACUGCAGAGGAUUCAACCACUGAUCAACCUGUCACAUAUCGCACAGUAAAACGGCGCUAUAGUGAGUUUCUAAAUCUGCAAGCACGUUUGGAGGAAAGGCCUGAUCUCAAAAAGGUUAUUAAAAAUGUCAAAGGUCCAAAGAAACUGUUUCCAGACCUUCCCUUCAGCAACACAGACACAGACAAAGUGGAAGCCAGGAGAAGCCAACUGGAAUCAUUCCUCAGGAAACUCUGUGCCAUCCCGGAGGCAGCCAACAGUGAGGAAGUACGCGAGUUUCUUGCACUCAACACUGAUGCCAGAAGAGCUUUCCAGAAGAAACCAUCCAGUUCACGUAUUGACAAGAUGGUGGAGAACAUAGUUGACACUUUGAAGACGACAUUCCCACGCUCAGAGCCACAGAGCCCUACAGAGGAAGGAGAUCAACAGAGAAAGCCCCGUCUGAGAUUCUCCAGUAAAAUUGCUCCAACGCUUAACGUCCCAGACCUGGGACCUAAAGUGUCAUACUUGUUCAGUGAACACUGCCCAGUUCUUAGAGGGUUCUCACUAUCAGAUCUGGAGGGUUUUUUGAAGGAGCAGGAGAUGCAGGUGGAUGGUGUUUUCAAGAGUCAAUCGAGGUACAAAGAAGAACUGAAACCUGUGGAAAAGAAGGAAAGAGGAACAGACACCGCACUGGCAGACAUCGCUCUGAAUAUCUUGUGUUUGCUGAUGAAGGACAGGUGGAGCUGGCUGUGUACAGAAAACAUCCAGAAAACCAUCAGACUGCUCUUUGGCACUUUUAUUGAAAGGUGGUUAGAGGUAGGCAUAGCCCACCUGACCAGUACAUCAUGCUGGGUGAUUUAUCUACGGGUUCUCCAGAAUGCAGUGUGGCCUGGAGGUGAGCUGCCUGUGGGACCACGGCCAGAGAGAAGUCCAGAGCAGAUAGAAAAGACCAGACUUCAAUGCGUGCAGUGCCUCAUGCAGCUGUUCCCAGAGUUAAUUACAGACAUGCUUGGCUCUGGGAAAUGCAGGCUGGUUUGGGAACAUGUAGUGGACUCUUUACAGGACCCCAGUAUCAACAGGCACUUGGUUUACUGUAUCUUUGAACUUCUGCUGGAGUUCCUGGUUCCAGAAUUUUCCAAAGAGACAUUCCAGAGGUCUUUAUUUCGCAGUGUUCAAGGGGAUGUAGAGAGAAUGCCAUUAUCUGUCUGAGGAGACUGUGUUUUUUCCCUGGUUUUAGUCUGAGGAUAUUUGUAUCUGCUUUUAUCAGUCUGGCUUAUCAGUUGGCUGUGCUUGCAAACAGCUGCUUUCGUUGAAGUUUUGAAUAGGGAAUUGAUAUAGUUGUAUUAACUGUCAUAACUAACAUUUUAGAUUGGUUUAGUAUUAAAAUAUAAAUAUUUUUUCAAAUGCUUGCAGAGAAUGGUUUACCAAAACUAAGUUGCUGGGUUGAUCUUUUUCACAUUUUAUAGGUUGAUAGAAGAACUGGGGACCCAAUUACUUAAACAUGGAAAAAGUCAAAUUUUCAUGAUAUGUUCCCUUUGAUGUUUUAUUUACUAGGUCCUACUACUAUCUAAAAGAAAAUUAUGAAACACUGUCACUUCAUAUCACAGUCAAAUGUCUUUAAAAAUGUAAAUGUUUUAUUAUUUCCUGUUAGUAAACUGGUGUAUAUAAUACAGCCUGAUCUCAUAAGAAAAUGCAUUAAGUUAGAACAACUUCGUUUUACAAGUCAAUUCAACAUACUAUUUUAAAUUUUGACAUUAUAAAGUUGACAUAACUUAAAAAAAAAACUUAAUUUGUUCAAUGUAUGAUUGUGAUCAUACAAAUUAGCCACUUCAUAAAAUAUGUACGAAUUGCCAUGAGAUAGCAUUAUAAUCUUUCUCUAUUCAUAAGGUCAGAUCAUUGUGGGCCACACUAAGAUAUCACAAAUCUAGUCUUUCUCUAGUCUAUCUGAUUAAUGUCAUCUUUUUCAUUGUCUUUUUAUUAUUAUUAUCAUUAUGAAGUUAUAAUUAUUUUUUUUUUGCAUCAGCAGAAAUUUUAUCAUAAGUCAUACCUGUGGCAAAUGAAACAAAUGUUUUCUUGAUCAAGGCUUCUUAAUGCAUGUGGCAUUUCGUGCUCAUAUUGCAUGUUGGUGCAUAAUAUUCCUGUAAAUAUUAUAGCUGAUACAGUACACACAAGCACGCAUUUUCCAGGAUUUCUCGUCUUAAAAAGCCCACAGAGGGCUCAAAUUCUUCAUGGAUAUUAGCAUUUGUCAAAUAUAAGAUUUGUCAUUUCAGGAAAUUGUCUUAUUUCUUAAUUGUUUAAUAUGUUUAAUAGUCUCUGCCCUGUGUAGUUUGUAGACAAAACAAAGAUGUGAGUCAGUUGUACAUUUUUGCUUACAUACCAGCUUGAUUUCAUUUUCUGUC